UUUCAAGCGUCUGACAGAUUAAGAUUGUCAAUAGCGAAGUGUGACACUCACACACCGAGUGGCUCACAGGCUCACACUGGCCGAGCGGCUGAGAAUUAUAUGAAUGAUAAGACAUGGGUUGAUGCUUCCAGAUUUCGUCCUGUAAAGUAAAAGUGUGGGGCAAGAUGGACCCCGCAAUUUCCUUCUGCGAGAUUGCCCUUGAUGAUCUAGAGUUUUACGAGAGAUGUGGAGGUGGAUCCUUUGGGAGUGUGUAUAGAGCGAAAUGGAAGUCAGAAAAUGUCAUUGUCGCUGUGAAGAAGUUACUUGUUUUGGAUAAAGAAGCCCAUGUACUAAGCCUGCUGAGUCAUCGGAACGUUAUACAGUUCUACGGGGCCGUUAUGGAGGAGCCAAACUACUGCUUAGUGACAGAAUUUGCAGAGAAGGGAUCUCUCUUUGACUACCUGCAGAAUCCUGAUAACCCGAUGGGCUUUCAGCAUAUUCUUACCUGGGCCCGAGAGAUCGCUCAGGGCAUGAAUUACCUGCACAAUGAAGCACCAGUGAAAAUUAUUCACAGAGAUCUCAAGUCCAAAAAUGUGGUAAUAUCAGUCCAAAAUGUCUGUAAGAUUUGCGACUUUGGAGCCUCUAGAUUUAUGGGCAGUACCACAAAAAUGUCGCUGGCCGGCACUUUUCCUUGGAUGGCUCCAGAGGUGAUACAGAGUCAGCCUGUAUCCGACUCCUGUGAUGCCUGGUCCUACGGCGUGGUGCUGUGGGAACUGUUAACACAUGAAGUGCCAUACCGAGGAAUAGAGGGAUUUCAGGUUGCAUGGCUUGUUGUCGAGAAAGGGGAGAGACUGACUAUUCCUAGUACUUGUCCACCCUGUUUUGCCAAACUGAUGAGACAGUGCUGGAACACUGACCCAAAGUACCGCCCCAAUUUCAAGGAUAUUCUACUGACACUGCAUUCCAUGUUAAGUGAUGAUUUGUUGCCAGAUCAAACAAAUUCUUUCCUGGAACACAGAGAAGUCUGGAGGAAAGAGAUUCAAGCAACACUAGAAAGGUUAAAAAGGGCAGAGAGCAAUUUAACUACCAAGGAAAAAGAGCUGAUGGAACGAGAGAUAAAACUGUUAGAGAGAGAGAAAACACUGGAACAGCAGUUUAAGACUGUGCACCUGGAUUCUUACGAUGUACACAGCUGGAGUGAAAUAGACGUGUAUCAAUGGAUUCAACAAAUGCAAAAUGGUCACUCCAGCGACCUGGCCCAGUAUGCCGGCAUCUUCCUACAGCACAACAUAACAGGAAAACGUCUGAUGAUGCUGACGCUGGAGCGCAUUCAGGAUAUGGGCAUCACAUCCACCGGCCACAGCAUGGAAUUAAUGACAGAAAUAGAAUUGUUGAAAGCCCACAACCACAGACUGCUGAAUUUUCCACCUCUUUCAAAAACAGUGGACACUGGUCAGCCAACCUCACCUGCUCAUCGGCAGAUCACUGUGACCCUUAUAUUCGGGCAUCAUCUAAGACAAGGCAAAAGUCCAGAGGACCAUAAAUGGAAGAUGUACAUGGAGCUGGACAAUGAUGACGAGGAUGAUGAUGUCCAGCCUCUAACCUUCAUCAAGGACGUCGUGUUUGAUAGUGUCUUUUAUGGAACCUUUCACAUAUCUCAUCCGCCAUUUAUAAUGGAGAAAUGGUGCACUGGCAUCGUCGACGACAUGACUGUGGAUUGCACAGUUCGAUUUGAAUCGACGGUGAAAAAGCCCAAAUCCAUCAAGUACACGCAUCUCGUGGACGGCAAGGCAACUACCUCCCAUCAAAAAGUGCUUACUCUGAUCCUUCACCAAACCACUCACAAACAGACAGACACGUCACCCACAGCGGUCACCAAACCUCCUAACUACCCGACGCCACAAGCCCACUUCUCAACGCCACAAGCUCACUUCUCAACGCCACAGUUAAAGGGCGAUUGGCUGAAGAGGGAGUUCCAAAACACGGCUGUUCCGAAAAUACCCCCGUCAAAGGCUCCGGAUGUUUGGUCGGGCGUGGUGUCCGGAAGAAGACCCUCAGGGCCAUCACCAACAACGUCACUCAGCGUAAAGCCGAUCCCCGGAACCCCUCUGGUUCUAUACUCAGUCCCGAGACACUUGCAUCACUCUAUGACCUCCCCUGCUAAUCUCUCAGAUGCCGCUCAGCCAAGUGUUACUAAACUGACCUCAGGUUUAUCACAGACAAGUCCUGGUCAUUUGUCGUCAGGUUACGGUUCUGUGACCGCCUCUCCUCACCAAAACCAGUCCCCUUGGCAGUUUAAUCUUCAAGGUUACGUGGGUGAAAAUACUCCAGUAACAGCAACGAAAUCAAAUCGUGAUGAACUUGGUGAGCCCAAAGUGAGUUUUAAUCUGACCGGGUCGGACUCUUCGAACAGCACUGAGGCGAAUAGCGCUGAGAGUGGGUUUAGUGAGCACAAAGCAAGCAAUGAAAAGACGUAUGCGUCUGUUUGUAGCAGUUGUAAGGGUAGGAUAAACGAACAGACACACAGCGCUGUCAGGUCUCGUCACCAUAGCGAUGGGGUACUGCAGCCUCGAUAUCAGAGAAGAGACGAUGAAAGUAGGCACGCUAAUGUCGGGCAUUAUAGAGGAAGGGGCCAAAGUGAAAGUAGACAAACUUUUCAUGAGAGGCCAUUCGAACGAGGCCAGUACUACAGAGGAAGUUCAGAUAGAGGAUAUCAUCACGACUGGAAAAGGAACGAAAGAGUUCAAAGUGAAAGAAGUAACUCCGCAGGCCAGCAUCGAGGUCAAUUCAAACGCGGGAUGCAAGAAAGACGGCCAUUUUCUAGCGGAAGUAGAGGAACCGGUAGGGGGCGUCCCCAUAGCGGUAAUUAUCACAGAAAACUCAGUGAUGAUUACCAAAGAAGUAUCAGUGACCCCAAGCCCAGAACGGACCGCCUCGAUGGUGCCCCUGACAACCGCAACGCAAGCAGUGAAAGAGGAAGAGGGUCUUACGGAUAUCGCGGCGCGAAGUUUAACGAGGAUGCUUCAUAUGAGCAGCAGCCCCCAAACCUCAGGGGGGCAAGUGACGGGGGUGCGAGAGGCAGAUUUAAUAGGAGUAGGGGUGGAUAUGUACGGCGAGGUGCCGGUCCCGGGAACAAUUACGAUAAAUAAGAGGUUUUGAAAUGAAACUCGACUCGGUAUAUACAUGUACCAUUGAUUUAUAUGUACUAGGAAGAUGACAGUAGAAUGUGUACUUAUAACGCCUAGAGCGGUAGAUUAUUUGGCAGACAUAAGGUAUAAAGUAAUGAUGGAGACAUCGAUGCAUGACAUAUCCAUGACAAAUGAACAAGACAAUAUCAUUCAGUCAGUCCUCUCUAGUCAGCCCUAGGCAGAUAUCAUUGGAGUGACCUCUGACCUGUGGAAAAAUUGAGGAGCAAGACUGGUGCUACCUAAUUUACUCACUCGUGGUGUGUUUCUGAAACUUUUGUAGUGGGAGGGGGAGGGAGGGGACAUGACACGGCUUCAUGCGUGGUAUACGUUCGUUAAUACCGGCAUUUUCAAUAGAAAGCAUUGCUGCUGUGCGGUUUCCUAGUUAACCAUUUCUUAUAGUUGUAUUGAUUUUUACAUGUUAUGAUAGUAUUUUAAUUUGCUAUUGCUAUAUCUUAUAUUUUACCUGAUGAUAUGGGUAUGACAAGUAAUUUACAAAACCGAGAUUGGAGACAAUCCGUAACGUGUUGCCGGUUUAUGUUUCAACGUGUUCAUUGUGUACAUAUGAAAUUAGUCGAACUCUUUUGUAGGUGUCCAUAUAUUUAUUUUACUCAUCUCAUUUCGCUGUAUGCAAUGGAUAUGUGAAUGCGUAUGAUUGUAUCAUACUAAUAUAUGUAUAUUCUAAAUCGAUUUUUACCUUAUGAACCAUACUGGGGUAUAUUUUUGAAAUAAACGAACCACAUUGGGGUAUAUUUUUUAAAUAAACUAUCUGUGAUAAUUUUCA